GCCCGUCGAGCCCGCGCCAAUGCACACCGACAAACAAUCUACAACCAUAACGUAGCGCCAAAUUCAUGGCAGAUUUGAGUUUUGGCAUGAAUGAAAUGAUCUGAAAGUGGCUUCUCUCUUUAACCUAAAAAUGCCCCCGUAAAACACUUUCUGGUCUUCAAUAAACAGUGUGGUCGGUUUAAGAUGGUCAAUAAAUUGCCCAUCUAGGUAGUCAUGGUAUACAUGGUGUUAAUCUAUUUGCAUAAAAACCCACAACAUGAACAGAACAGUCGAGGUACAUAGCUUGUACUGUACUGUACAGGGAGGCCUCAGGGCAGUCCAGUAGUUUGGCUGCCUCAUAACUGAGGAAUCCGCAGUCAUAUUCAGAGUGCAGAGGAAAUCAGAGUUCAGAGCGAGCAAGUUGCAAAGUACUGCUUUUAUGACCAUGUCGACCAUUUCAAGGCUGGGUGGUCGAGAGUUCAGACACACAGCUUUUAACAUGAAUAGCUUGUUGGGAUUCCUCUUCAUUCUUGCUCUCUGUUCAGAGUUGGGAACAGGGGCGGAGAUGCCUGAUACUCCGAUUGUCACUUAUUCACCACCUGAAGGAAACACAACGUUCAUUGAUGGGACGACCUGGUGCAUAGCCUCAUCACAAGCCAACCAGCAGGACUUGCAGGAGGCUUUGGACUGGGCUUGUGGGCCUGGUCUUGCUGAUUGCUCUGCUAUUCAGCCAGGCCAACCUUGUUAUCAGGCAGAUAAUCUGGCUUUGGUCGCUUCUUAUGCUUUUAAUACAUACUAUCAGACAAAUGGAGAUUCACCUAUUGCCUGCAACUUUGGUGGGACAGGAGUCAUCACUUCUACCAAUCCAAGAACACUGCUAGUGAUUCCUCCUCUCCAUCACUACCAUAUCCAGGCGUUUAUACAUGGCUUAUGCCAGGAAUCUUAGUACUUGAUCAUUUAAUGAUAGCAAUAGACAGGGGUAUCUCUGGAAGGUAACUAGGCAGUUUUUUGGACAUGUGAUUUGCGAGAUCUUCAGCCCUAUAUUGUUUUGCUCAGCACCAAAAUAUUUUUCAUCUUUGAUGUCAUAUCAAUGGUAAAUGUUAAAUUCCUGUUAAUCUGCAAUCACAGGUAAACAGAAAUCUGGAAUGAGCUUUUGUUAAAAACUAGGUUUUUUCCCUCUCUUUUUGGUUAGUGUCCCUCAAAUUCUAUCGAGGCAUCAUGAUGUACCCUAUUAACUUGCCCAGUUUUGGAAAUUAUGCAAGUCAGGGGAGCACUUUUGAUUGUGGGUUUGCAGUAUAUCUUAAUUCUUACCAUUCAAAUUAUAAGAGGAAAAGUGUUGAGGCUUUUAUCUGUUGGUUAGCCAAUGGGAAUUAUGCAUAUCCAUCUGGAUGCAUCCCCAAAAGUGCUGUAAAUUGCAGUAGCAACAAAGACAAAUGCUAAGAAAAGCAGCAGGAAGAUUCCAAGGCAUAGGCCAAUUAAAGUAUGGGGCAUAUUCUUUUCAUGCUUUAGCUUCUUUCCUUAACCAGCAUGCACUUCACUUCCUUCUGUAGUUACAUUUUCAGCUUUGCAAGGUUUAAGUCAACAUAAGCCCAUUUAUCACCAGCUUAAUCUUUGAGCUGUGCACAAUGGCAAUUCACAAUCCAGUUUGUUGUCUACCAGUCGAGCUGGUUGGCUGGCUGGUUCAGCGUUGUUUCAUGUUAGAUUUAUUAAGGACUUAUUAUAUCUAAUAAAAUAUAGUUUCUGGCA